UAAAAUAUUAUUUUUUUCAUAAAAGUAACCUUACAUGGUAAUUUUCCCGGCGACUAUUUUUUAUCAAUAGGAAAAAAUAUAAAAAGCACGUUUUUUUUUUGUUAAUAAUUUAGUAGUUUCAAGGGUCUUGUUACGAACAUGGCAAAUCUUUCUCGCUUUACCGUUCAUCUACUUCUUGUGAUAUUUCCUUUAGAAAUAUUUUCAAUAAGAAACUGUGGAUUUAAUUUGGAAUUAGUGCCUGGCGAAAAGUAUUUCCUAGUUAACCCGAACUAUCCUAACAAAUAUUCAUCGGCAACUCGCAGUAUAUGGAACCUAAAAACUGUUAAUGGAGCCCAAAUUUUUUUAAGUUGUACAGUUAAUUUGCCUGGGAACAACAAUAUUUGUUAUGGAGACAGGCUUUCCGUAAGUGCUCGUGAAAGUUGGAUUAAUAGGGAGAAAAGGGAUUUUUGUGGCAAUUCAAUGUUUUCCCUGUAUAGCUCUGGAACUGAGCUAUCUGUUGAAUUAUACACAACCUCCAACAGUAUUGGUGGCACUUUUAUAUGUACAGCUACGCCACUUAAAAAGAAUAAUCCUGAUGAGCCACCACAAAAAGAUCCAGAAGACGAUUGUAACUGUGGGUGGAAAUCUUUGGGUAAAAUUGCCGGUGGAGUAGAGACUGGCGUUAAUGAGUUUCCGUUUAUGGCUGCCUUAAUUUACAAUGGCGAACAAUGGUGUGGUACGACGAUCAUUUCUGCGUGGCACACCCUAACUGCCGCUCAUUGUGUCAUUCAACAAAAUCUUCUGGACGUUAAUGACUUGCAAAUCCUUGUCGGGGAUCAUAAUUUAAACACUGGAUCCGAUACUAACCAGAGUGCCAUUUAUAGCGUCAACUCUUUUAUUUACCAUAAUGCCUACGAUCCUCUAAGUUAUGAUAAUGAUAUCGCCAUUUUAACCACAAAGUCUCGGAUAAUAUUUGGGUUUGGAGUUGCGCCAAUUUGCUUACCAUUUAAAUACUCUUAUGACCAUUUUGUAGGGCAGGAGGCAACCUUACUUGGCUGGGGUUUAAGUGAGAUAAGUGGCCAAGACAGUCCCUACUUGCAAAAAGCCAAGGUGGAUAUCGUUUCACCAUCAAUCUGUGCUGAUGAAUGGCGUUCUAAACUGGAUACCCAUGUGAAUAGUGGAAAGAUUUGCACUUUUUCAGAUACUAGUGAUGCCUGUACUAAGGAUUCUGGAGGUCCACUGCUUUGGUACGAUAGUGCCUCAGGAAGAUAUCAACAAAUAGGGAUUAUUUCCACUGGAAUAUCUUGUAAUUCGGCAUUUCCCAGCAUUAAUACUAGAAUUACCGAAUAUUUACAGUGGAUAGUUACACAAACUUCAGGAAUAAGAUACUGCGUUAUAUAAUACUUAUAGAAUCUUAUAUUAAUAAAAUUAUAAGUCUAAGUAAGUUACAAUAUUAUUGCAUUUUAGCAAUAGUUUAUUACAAUGAAUAAAAAUAAUGUAUUUACA